CGAGCGACACAACACCUGGCGAGAAUGAGCGGAUAUUCUGACCAACUUAGAGCGACCCCUGGGCCAAACGUCAUCAAGGGCGUCCUAGAAGAGUACCUCGGCGAAGACGUCGACAAUGACAAUUGGAGAGAUGCGAUCCAAACAGCCACAAUACUCAUGCCUGAGUUCUUCGGAACACAUCUCAAUGGGCAUCCAGAGCUCCUAUUCCUGGCUUCCGAGAAGAUACAGACUGUACUCAGAGAGAUAUACACUGAGCGAGAUUGGGAGCCACUGCGCGACCAAGUCAACAACCUAGUCGAUAAGAUGCAAGGAAUCGACACCAUGAUUUGUCUGAACCUGGGCAACUUCUUCGGCAUCAUCAACGAGCACGUCCAAAAUACCUGGGUGAUACAAUACGCAAUAUUCAUCUUCAUGUGGCAGAAGGUCAACGAAAGAAGAGAGGCAGAGUGCUCAGAGAAAGGAUGGAAGUUCGAACCGAUCAAGAAAUACUUCCAAGACCCUAGUUUUGACAUGAGGACCAAGUAUUUGCUGCAAGAAAUACAUCGCGAAUCAGAUCAAUGGCCAAACAUCAUCCUAGGGCACCACGAGGCUGACCGCAUGAUUAAGGAUAACACUUUCGUGUAUGCUGUUCACCUGCCCGCAAGAGCUUCCGUGGACGUAUUGAGAUUAGGUCCACGCAUCGCCGUCACCAACAGCUCUUGGUCCAAAAUCGAUGGUUGGGAGCGCGGUAUGGCGGAAAUGUUCAUCGAGCAAACACUCCUUACUCAAAACCCAGAGGUAUCGGCCCAGUUGCGCCUUUUGGUAGGCGUUCAUCAGGAUGUGAAGAGGCUGUACGAUGAGGAGCCUGUUGCUCCGAUUCCGGAGGAAGAUCAUCGUUUCUUCGCGACAUCAAUCUAUGUGCGCAGAGAAGAGUUGGAGGGUAUUAAGUUACCUGUGACUCCCACUCCGCCUGGUGAGCCUGUACGUGUGCCUACACCUUCUUCGAGGACUAAGCUUUGGACGGAAAGGUUGCUGAGGAAGGCACCCCGUUGAUGUUGGCAAAGGAAGGAUUCUCGUGCGUGGCGGUUGCGAGUUGCUGAGGAUCGAUGGUGUUCAUAUUGCCUGACGGGCUACUUGGCGAACGCACAGGCAGACAAACAAGUAGAGUCGCUUCUUUCUAGGUAGUGCCUGCUGUCUCGUUCGUUGCAAGGAGGUGCUCAUUCGACCUCGCCGGUGCACGGAUUGUGCUGUCAUUGUAUCAGGGCAAGCCGUGUUCAUCGAGUAAAGAAAAGACAAACAAAGAAAUGUAGUUCCUUGUCGUCAAUAUUGGAUUCCAGAAGAGCUUCAAUAGCUCGAAUCGUCAAAGAUUCCCUGCCUGUUGGCUUGCUAGCAUCGUCUAGCAUCCAGAACUAGCAAUC